AUGCGCGGGACGCAAAACACGACACGAAAAACAGACCUGACGGUCUUCACGGCUUGGGCCGCCCGUGCACGCUUCGGUGUGAGACCGGAGAUCGGUGGUACUCCCGCUACUGGCAUUGCCAAUGAGGAGGGCGGUGAGGAUAUUGCAUCGUCGUCAGACCGCGGCGGCGAAGACGAUGACAUGAUGAUUGACGACGGCGGUGAUUUCGGCGGAGAUGAUGCGGAUGGUAACAGCGGCGGGAUUGAUGUAGAAGUCGACGCUGGUGGAACUGUUGGUGAAAGCCGCAUUGGCGCAGCAUCUGGCCUGGCGGGGGGCGACGACGAGGGUUUCGGCAAGGGAGGACUUGCCCACCAUCACGAGGAUGACAUGUCCUCCGCCGGCGACGGCUCACCAUCCCUGGAGGGUGUCGAGGUUGAGGGAAACGACCCUGGUUACGAGAGCAUUGAGUCUUGGGCCGGCACACGAGAGGAUGUCGGGGCGGGGGUAGAUACCGAGGAUGACGAAGACAGGGGCUCAUCGGGCGACGAGCGCAACGACGACGACGACGAUGACGGAGCGGGACGUGAUGGAAAGGACCAUGCCGGCGCAGGACACAGCAUGGAUACCGCGGCCCCCCAUAAACAGGCGAGUAUUUCGGAGCGUUCUUCUGGUGGCGGAUCGUCCUCGGGAGCUGAACACGGCCAGCCACCGCCUCAGGAUGACCCGAGAUGGAUGUCCAACAUUAACAGGGUUUUCGCACGAUUGAGAGCGGAGUUUCCGAUUGAGAGCGAGAACCAAAAAAAAUCGAAAUUCGGGUCCAGACGCCUCCCGUCAUUUCUCGGGAAGCAGGGGACGGGCUCUUCCAAAAAGCGGCGCAAAUUGAAGCUCUCUUCAGCAGCUUCGCGUGCAUAUGCGUGUCACUGCGAUCGGCUGCAGCAGCGAGGAGCUACGAACGUUGCUAGAUUUCCCCAGAUUGGCUAUUCCUGCCCGAAACUGUUUCAGGGCGCCGUCACCUGGCGCGGCACACGGGCUCAGGAGUGGCGACCGUUCAAAUCUCUGACAGAAAUUUUGCUGUUCGUGUUCGGCGUCAAGCAUCAACUAUCGCGGACGGGAAUGACGGAUUUGUUCGACAUCUUGACGUUCGUCGAUGGGCAGCCGGGUGACGGGGCCGGGGAGGGGAGAGGGUUCGACACCGCUGACGUCCCCGAGAUCGGCCAAAAGUUCGUUUCUCGGAUGCCCGAGUUCCUCCCUCUCUUUGAAGUUUGGGUGCGCGAUGUCGUGGCCAAACCCGACAAGAAAAAGAGUGGUGCUCGAACCACAGCGAAGGUGUAUGACAUCCCCAUUACACAGGUCCUCGAUUUCAUGCUGAAGUCGAGAUCUCACAUGGAGGAGAUAUUUGCCAACCCUGGCGGCGCGGUGGUGGGAAAAGAAGAGGGACAGAAGCUUGGGUUAGCGGGCGAGCAUCUUUUUCCACUCCCGACACGUCCUGCCCGUAACGCUAGGCGCAACAACAUGCACGGCACCUUGGUACAACGCAUACCACAGCACAACUUCGAUGAUUUCCUCGCUCAGGCUCGCACAAAGGUGUACGUAGGAGAUGUCGUCAUGUGUGACUUGCGAGAUGAAGGCUCGCCGGACUCGCUUCAGACGCCCUGCCGAAUAACAGCGACGUUCUUCGUUGAAAAGAGUAGGCGACUGGUGGUCACCGUGCGACUUUUCCGGGAUGCUCAUGAAGUGCUCGGAGUGGCCCACGACGACCCUGCUUUUGUGCAGGAUGGGGUGGUUCGAGUUUGGGAACAGGUGGGAGAUGCAUCUGAGACCGAUCUUCGCGACAUCACGCAGGUGCUUGACCGGGUAGAAGUNAACGUCACGCAGGUGCUUGACCAGGUAGAAGAUUUCACCCGAGCGGAGUUGCGGGAUGGUGCACACCUUCGCCCGUGGAUAGGGGCGGGUACACGGCGGGAGGGAUGGACGUUUGUGGGAGAGGGCUUUGUCACGCGUCGUGGACACCGCUUCGUGAGAAGACGGGAUCCGUUCAAGGAGGGCGGAUGGCGUCGAGAGGGCAGCGAAGAAGAGAAUUACCCAGACAUAAGGAGCGCUGAUGUUUGUGGUGUCGGCGCGUGUGCUAUGUUAUCACGCUCGCGGGCUCUUGUCGAGAGCGUUUGA